ACCUUGAUUAACUUCUUCAAUGACAGCUGUGUUCCACACUUCAAAACAAAAAUGUCUCGCGAAGGCGAACGUCAUCUGCGCGCAAUGAAAAAACAAUGAAGCAUUUACCUGACAAAUAUUUACGCCGCACGUCUCCACGCUGAAACUAUCCGAAGCAAUGUGCGCGUUGACAUAGUGCCUCAACAUGACGGACGCCGACGCUUCGGUGGAGGCGCCAACCCUCCAGCUUGAGUGCCCCACUUUGGUGGUUUCCGAAGAUUCCCCGCCGUCUGCACAAACGGAAUCACCGCUGUCCUCAUCUACAGCAUCGCCUACAUCACAGUCAGUCAAGUUUAAGUCAAACAUUGAAGAAAUCACACUUGAAGACAUAUCAAAGACACAAAGUCACCCAAAUGAGGCUGAAUCAAGUUUGUUUGAGCUGGUUGAGCAGCAGAAGAAGCAGCUGGCAGAGUACAGCGAGGUCAUACGGCGGCUGGAGGCGAGCAACACGCUCGUCUUGCAGAAUUGCAAGGAGUUGGAGAGCAGGUGCGAGGCGGCAGUGAAGCAGAAGGAAAGUGCCAUCAAGGAAAAGGAGAGUAUGGUGGUGCGCUAUGCGGUCAGCGAGAAAAGUGUUCUCAAACAGCAAACUGCCAAGGAGGCCGCCGAGAAGCGGAUGAAGGAGAUACAACGAGAACAUGAUCUUCUACAGCAUAAGUUAACAAUGAUGGGCAAUGAGAAGUCAAGGAUAUGUCAAAUGUUAGACAAUAAAUGUUACGAAUUGAAAUCUAGUCAACAAGAAACCGAACGGUGUAAAACAGACCUCGGGGCAUUAGAAACCAAGUUGAAAUGGUCACAAAACAGUCUAAAAACAGAAAUAGAAUUGCGAAAAGAAGCUGAAAAUAAAGCAGAAUCGCUGCAAAACCAAAUUCAAGAUUACGCAAAUGAAGCGGAAAAGGCGAAGAAAAAUGCCGAGGAUGCAAUCCGAGAGUUUCACACAUCACAGGAUAAUCGCGCGCAUGUUUUGGACACGCAGAGUAAGGAACAAGCGGCUUCUUUGAUAAUGUUGCGUCAUGAAUUGGAUGACCGCGAUCAGCAGGUGAAGACGUUGCAAUUGGAAUUAGAAAAAUUGCAGCGGAAACACAACGAUAACAUACAAGAGAAUAAUAAGUUGUCGAUGAAAGUGCAGAAACUCGAGAAGGAACGCGCGGAGGUUGAGUUAAAAGUCGCUGAUUUGAGGAGUUGUGCGGAUCAACAACGACAGGAUGCUGCUGAUUUACAAUCAAAGAAUGGUCAACUCGAACAGAUGAAAUUACAGCUUCAAAGCGAGCAGGAACAUUUAAAAGUGGCAAGCGAGCAAAUUACGCUGCUAAAAUCGCGUAACGUCGACCUUACAACCGACAUGGACGCUUGUCGCGCACACGAAAGCGAGUUGCUGGCAUUCACGCAACAGUUGACUGAUAAAAACGUCGCCCUUCAGUCAGAAUUCAGCGCAAUGGAAACCAAACUUCAGCAGUUGACCUACGAAAACGGCGUGCUUAAUAGAUCUUUACAGGAAAGCACGACGAAGAGUGGUUUAAACACUGCUCAAAUGAUUGCCGAGCGGCAAAAACUGUCCGCAGAAGUGGAACAAUUGCAAAAAGAUCUCGCGCAAUGCAACAAACAAUUGGAAACUGUGACGCAGGAGUUGGCUGAUCAACAAGGAGAGAACAGCGUUAUCAAACGCAAACAUGAACUCUCAUUGCGUGAGGUGCAUAAGGAACUGGCGCAAUGUCGAAAAAAAUUGGAACAAUACGAAAGUCAAAGCACUGCGAGCAGUUCCAGCUCGACGACAUCAUUGAACACUGUCAAUGGGCAGUCAACACCGCCGGUUGAACAGAUCGUGGAGCAGGUGAAAGUCAUUCAACCGGAGUUGGAAUUGGACCGACACGUACUUAUUGAUCACAUCGCCAAACUUCAACGCAUCAGCGCGAAGAAGUCGGAGAAGAUUGAUUUCAUGGAGGAGCACGUGCGGACGUUGGUGGGUGAACUGCAGAAGAAGAGUCGACUGCUUCAGCAUUAUAUCAAGCGAGAACAGCAAGGAACUUUGUCUUCGAAUAAAAUGGAUAAUAAUAAGGCGGCCUUAGCAAAACACAGCGGCAUGAUGGCGUCGAUUUAUGGUGCAAAGAUUGCGGAUGAAAAUCUCAGCAUGGAACAAGUUCUCGACAUCAAUCGCAAACUUUACACUAUACUAGAGGACGCCCUACUGAAAAACAUCACAUUAAAGGAAAAUAUCGACACGUUGGGAGCUGAAAUAGAAAAACUGCAAAAGGAAAAGUCUGGAAGCUUGACAAACACAUCAUAACUGAUUAUAACGCACAUUCCGUGAAAUGUGUCGGUGGUGAAUCAUCUCAAUAUGGUUACUUAAUUGACUCUCAAGUGUAUACUUAAUCUCAUCAAACGCAUUGUACCUGGACGUACGUAACGUAUCAACAUUCCCAUUUUGUAUUGUUCUUAUUUAUUAUUCACUGUUUACGGUUUGUUUGUGUUGAGUAUUAUGUGAUGUGAUGAGACAGUGGGAUGCUUCAUUUGAUCAUUGUGCAUAUUGUGUAUAUGAUUAGUGAGAUAUCAUUCCUAUAUAGAAUUUACUUAAUCGUUGAAUAUUAUGAGACUAUAAGAAUAAUAUAUUCUGAAAUGCA